UGGCUGCUGAUAAAACGUGAAUCUGUCUCUAUGUCUCUCUCCAGUUCACGACAACAAUAAAUACUGGCCUGGGCAGAGGAGGCUCAGAUGGUUGAGUAGAGUAGAGGAAUCGCAUACAAGCGAGCAGUCGGAUAUUCAUUACAUAAAUCAUCAAAAACGAAGGAUAUUGACAAAGGAACGAUGCUUGGAAAUGGAAUUGUUGGAAUCCUCUCUGAGUCUACAAACAAGUGGGAACGAAGGGCACCUCUUUCCCCCUCUCACUGCGCUCGACUGCUACAUAGUGACAAGGGUAAAACUGGAGUAGCCCGCAUUAUUGUGCAGCCAUCAACAAAGCGUGUGCAUCAUGAUGCUCUCUAUGAGGAUGUUGGCUGCGACAUAUCAGAUGACUUGUCAGAAUGUGGUCUUAUCUUGGGUAUCAAACAACCAAAGUUGGAGAAGAUUCUUCCUGAUAGAGCCUAUGCUUUUUUCUCCCAUACUCACAAGGCGCAGAAAGAAAACAUGCCAUUGUUAGAUAAGAUCAUAGCCGAAAGGGCAUCGUUAUUUGAUUAUGAGCUUAUUGUUGGUGACAAUGGAAAAAGGCUACUUGCAUUCGGAAAAUUUGCUGGUAGAGCUGGACUUAUUGAUUUUCUACGUGGAUUGGGACAGCGGUAUCUUAAUCUUGGAUAUUCAACACCUUUCCUGUCACUGGGUGCGUCUUACAUGUAUCCUUCCUUGGCUGCUGCCAAGUCUGCAGUGAUAUCUGUGGGUGAAGAGAUAGCAACUUUUGGACUAUCAUCUGGAAUCUGUCCUCUAGUGUUUGUUUUCACUGGUUCUGGAAAUGUUUCUCUUGGGGCCCAAGAAAUAUUCAAGCUUCUUCCUCACACUUUUGUAGAUCCAAGUAGUCUUCCAGAACUAUUUGCGAUGGCCAGGGAUUCUCAAUCUGCUCGGACAUCAAAGAGGGCCUUUCAAGUAUAUGGUUGUGUAGUGACUUGUCAAGACAUAGUUGAACCUAAAGAUCCUACAAAACUUUUUGACAAAGUUGACUACUAUGCACAUCCAGAGCACUACAGCCCCAUUUUCCAUGAAAAAAUAGCUCCCUAUGCAUCUGUUAUAGUCAAUUGCAUGUAUUGGGAGGAAAGAUUUCCUCGGUUGUUGACUACCAAGCAGUUGCAAGAUCUAAUGAGGAAAGGAUGUCCACUUGUUGGAAUCUCUGAUAUAACUUGUGAUAUUGGAGGCUCAAUAGAGUUUGUUAACCAAACUACAUUAAUUGACUCACCUUUCUUCAGAUAUGAUCCCUUUAAUAACUCAUACCAUCAUGACAUGGACGGAAAUGGUCUCAUAUGUUUGGCUGUUGACAUUCUCCCAACUGAGUUUGCGAAAGAGGCUUCCCAAUAUUUUGGAGAUAUCCUAUCCCAAUUUAUUGGCAGUUUGGCUUCUGUGAGAGAAAUUGAAGAGUUACCUGCACACUUAGGGAGAGCUUGUAUAACACGUGGAGGGGCCCUUACUUCAUUGUAUGAAUAUAUUCCUCGAAUGAGAAACUCCGACACAGAAGAUUUAUCAAAAACUCGUGCAAGCUGUCACUCUAAUAAGAAGAAAUACAAUCUAUUGGUAUCUUUGAGUGGUCAUCUGUUUGAUCAAUUUCUGAUAAAUGAGGCUUUGGAUAUUAUCGAAGCUGCAGGUGGCUCCUUUCACUUAAUUAAUUGUCAAGUGGGUCAAAGUGCAGAUGCUAUGUCUUAUUCAGAUCUUGAAGUUGGUGCAGAUGAUAGUGCAGUUCUGGAUCAAAUUAUUGAUUCUUUGACUUCUAUUGCCAAUCCUAGUGAAAAUUAUGGAUUUCAAAGGAAAGAACUGAAUGCAAUAUCAUUAAAGGUUGGUAGAAUUCAUAAGGAGAAGAGAUGCGAUACAAAAAAGAGAACUGUAGUCCUAAUUCUUGGCGCGGGCCGGGUCUGUCGACCAGCUGCCGAACUCUUAACAUCAAUUGGAAGCAUUUCAUCUCAACAAUGGUUAAAAACAUACAUGGAAGCUGACUUGGAAGAGCAGAAUGAUGUUCACGUUAUUGUUGCAUCUCUUUACCUAAAAGAUGCAGAAGAGAUAACUGAAGGUAUUCCAAAUGCCACAGCAGUACAACUUGAUAUAAUGGAUCAUGGAAGUCUUUGUGAGUACAUUUCGCAGGUUGAGGUGGUUAUCAGUUUAUUGCCUUCUAGUUGCCACAACAUCAUAGCACAUGCAUGUAUUGAGCUUGGGAAACAUCUCGUCACUGCUAGCUAUGUUGAUGAUUCCAUGUCAAAGCUAGAUGGAGUAGCAAAGAAUGCUGGUAUUACUAUUCUUGGUGAGAUGGGCUUGGACCCAGGCAUAGAUCAUAUGAUGGCAAUGAAAAUAAUCAACCAAGCACAUGUCAGGAGGGGGAGAAUUCGAUCUUUUACUUCUUAUUGUGGGGGCCUCCCUUCCCCAGCAGCUGCAAAUAACCCUUUAGCUUAUAAAUUCAGCUGGAAUCCAGCAGGAGCUAUCCGAUCUGGACGCAAUCCAGCCACCUACAGAUCUCAUGGAGUAACUGUACAUGUCGAUGGGAAUGAUCUCUAUGAUUCAGCUGUGAGAUUCCGGAUGCCUGAUCUUCCAGCUUUUGCAUUGGAGUGUAUUCCAAAUCGCAAUUCUUUGGUUUAUGGUGACCUAUAUGGAAUUGGACAUGAAGCAUUAACCAUAUUUCGUGGAACCCUCCGUUAUGAAGGAUUUGGUGAAAUAAUGGGGACAAUGGCGAGAAUUGGUUUCUUUAACACAGAAGCUGACCCAAUACUUAAAAAUGAAAUUAGACCCACAUAUGUAUCCAUUCUGCUUGAACUUCUCAGUAUUCAAAGUCAGAAUUUGGCAGGAACUGUGAUGGGAGAGAAGGAUGUCAUGGAAAGAGUUAUUGCACUUGGACUUUGCAAAGAGCAGGGAAUGGCAGCGAUGACAGCCAAAACCAUCAUAUUUUUGGGAUUUCAUGAGGAGACUAAAAUUCCUGUAUCCUGUCAAAGUGCAUUUGAUGUUACCUGUCUCCGCAUGGAAGAGAGGCUAGCAUACUGCAGCAAUGAACAGGACAUGGUGCUUUUGCACCAUGAAGUGGAGGUAGACUUCCCAGAUGGCCAACCUGCAGAGAACCAUCACGCCACUCUACUGGAAUUUGGGAGGACUAAGGAUGGGAAAACAACCACUGCUAUGGCUUUCACCGUUGGGGUUCCAGCAGCCAUUGGAGCUCUGCUCUUACUUGCAAACAAGAUCAAGACAAAGGGUGUCUUAAGGCCCAUUGAGCCUGAAGUUUAUGUGCCAGCACUAGAUAUCUUACAGGCUUAUGGGAUCAAGUUGCUGGAGAAGAUCGAUUGACUUGGAUUGCUUUUUAUAUCAUACUGUGUAGAUAUGCACAUUUCAUACUGGUCUAUAUAUUCAUUCUAAAGAUGAAUAUGGUUGUGAUAUCUAAUAAAAGUGAUAGUGAUGGUGUGAUUAAAGUUACAUA